AUGAGGAGUCGAAGUAACUCGGGCGUUCGCCUGGAUUAUUACCAGAGGAUCGUCCAUCGACUGAUCAUGGCUCAUCAGCAGCCCGUGACGGGUCUCUUUCCAGCCAGUCAAGACAAUCACCAUGCCUGGAUCAGGGACAAUGUGUACUGCAUUCUGGCUGUUUGGGGACUCUCGAUGGCCUACAAGAAGAUUGCCGAUCAGGAUGAGGAUCGGGCAAAGGCAUAUGAGCUGGAACAGAGCUGUGUGAAGUUGAUGCGGGGACUCUUGAUGGCAAUGAUGCAGCAAAAGGAGAAAGUUGAGCGUUUCAAGAGCACUCAGCAUCCUCUGGAUUCCCUCCAUGCCAAGUACUCCAGCAUCAAUGGGCAGACUGUGGUGAAGGAUAGUGAAUGGGGGCAUCUGCAGAUCGAUGCAGUUUCUCUGUACCUGUUGAUUCUGGCCCAAAUGACAGCAUCAGGGCUGCAGAUAAUUUUCUCGCUGGACGAGGUGGCUUUCAUCCAGAACCUGGUGUUCUACAUCGAAUCAGCUUACUGUGUUCCGGAUUAUGGGAUCUGGGAGCGUGGUGAUAAAACGAAUCACGGGGAGCCAGAACUCAAUGCUAGUUCCAUUGGAAUGGCCAAAGCUGCGCUGGAAUCGAUGAAUGAGCUGGAUUUGUUUGGGGCUCGAGGUGGACCAGCCAGUGUGAUUCAUGUCCUGGCCGAUGAGGCUCACAAAUGUCAGGCUGUGCUGCAAUCGAUGCUGCCCAGGGAGAGCAAUAGCAAGGAAUUGGAUUCCGGAUUGCUGUCCAUCAUUGGCUUUCCGGCUUUUGCAGUUGAUGAUCCUCAGUUGAUUGCCACGACGAGGGAGGCAAUCUUGACCAAGUGCCUUGGAAAGUAUGGCUGCAAGAGAUUCCUCAGGGAUGGCUAUCGCACGCCCAGGGAAGAUCCUCAUAGGCUGUACUACGAACGCUGGGAAUUGAGGAUGUUUGAGAAUAUUGAAUGCGAGUGGCCUCUAUUCUUUGGCUAUCUGGUGCUUUUCCACGCCUUCCAGGGAGAAAGUGACAAGAACCUCCUGAACAUCUAUAUGCAGCGUCUCGAAGAUGUAAUGGUGCGCACUGACGAGGGAAUCAGGCUCGUUCCGGAGAUGUACACGGUGCCUCCGGAAGUUGUCAAUGAUGAAUACAGGAAUCCAGGAUCGCAGAAGAGAACAGCUGUCGGCAGAUGCCCCUUUCUCUGGGGUCAGUCUCUCUAUAUUCUCGGGAAGCUCCUUCAGGAGGGUUUCCUGGCCGUGGGUGAAUUAGAUCCACUAAACAGACGCCUAGGGGCCCAGAAGAAGCCCGAUGUCGUAGUUCAGGUAGUGAUCCUGGCCGAAGAUAACAAUAUCCGUGACAAAUUGGCUGAAUACGAUCUCCAUGUGCAAACCAUUGCGGAAGUGGCUCCCAUUGAAGUUCAACCAGCCAGAGUCUUAAGCCAUCUCUACACCUACCUGGGCAGAAAUAAGAAACUCGGCCUAUCUGGACGGAAAUCCCGCGAUGUUGGUAUCCUCAGUACCAGCAAACUCUAUUCGCUAAAAGACAGAAUCUUCGCCUUCACGCCCCAGUUUUCCGAUCUGACGCGCUUCUACAUUGCGUCCGACAACGAAUUGAUGAUCGAUAUUUUGAAGGGGGAAAUCAAUUUCCUAAAGUCCGCAUGGCAAAAUCUCCUUGGACGUCCACUUGUUACUCUUACUCUCAAAAGUACAAGUCUAGAUCAAAAUAAGAUUCCAUUGGCUAUGAUUCAGACAAUGAGAAAAUUGAAGUCAGGCUACAUCAAUGGGACCCGCGUGAUGCUGGGCAAUUUGAAUGAUUUUCUGAACACGUCAGCAAUCACGGAUUUAAGCUUCCUGGGGAGCCAGGAGGAUGGCUACCCGGAACGCCUAAAUCCGUCUGUCCAGGCUUACCUGGAUGAGCACUUGCUGCGGUCGUUCAGUCAGAAGAAUACGAUGAACCUGCGUGCUCCGGGACUUAGACCCAAGCAUCUCAGGAGGAGGAUGUCAUGCAGGGGAGCAAUCAAAAAGACAAGAUCCAUCAAUGUGGACAAUGAAUCUGUGGGAAUGGAUGGGGUUCUCACUGAGAGACGAUUGUCAUCAGGUGUAGCACUCCCUUGGUUGGAUCAGCAGCAGCAGCAGCAACAACAAGCAACUGAGCCAUCUGUUGAUCGCUCGCGAAUUGAGCGAUCUCCGGGUUUGGAGGGCGAAGAUGGCUAUCCGCCGAACAAGAUUCAGGUGCAGAACUAUGAUGUGCCAAGGAUUCAGGUGCCAGGCUCAAGUAGUCGUCAUAGGAGUGGCGAAACCUUUGCAGACACCGAAGUGGAGGAACUCCUGGCGAUGCUGCGUGAAACUGAGAGUCUGGAGGAACAAGGAGAUAUUCUGCAGUAUUUGGUGGAUACGCAAGGGUUGGAUUUCAAUACAGAGAGCGUUGAGAUGGAUCCUAACAAUGCCAAUGCAGACAAUAAUUCCUUUCAAUCUAAUACCAAAGGCAUGCUUGAGGAAGGUCGUGUUGUCACAGUGAGGACACUUCUCAAGGGAUUGUAUGAGAAGGCGUGCCAACAAAAAUUGUGGGGCCUCGUGCGCCAUACGGCUGGUAUGCUGGGCAAGAGAGUUGAGGAUUUAGCAAAGGCCGUAACGGAUUUGUUGGUUCGACAGAAACAGGUAACGGUUGGGAUGCCUCCCAACAAUGAGCACACCAUAACAGCUCCACUGCCGGAAGCGGAGCUCAGACAAUUGAUUCACGAAGCCUAUGGAGAUGAUGAAAGUACAGCUAUGCUGACGCAAGAACUUCUCGUCUAUCUGGCUAUGUUUAUCCGCACGGAACCUCAAUUGUUCCAUGAAAUGUUGCGUUUGCGAGUGGGUCUGAUCAUUCAGGUGAUGGCAAAAGAAUUAUCCCGAACGCUCAAUUGCGACGGUGAACAAGCUUCAGAGUAUUUGCUGAAUCUAUCACCGUUUGAGAUGAAAAAUUUGCUGUAUCAUAUUCUGAGUGGCAAGGAAUUUGCCAUUAGCAGUGUGGCAAAGGGGAACUUCUCCAUUGUUAGUUGCAAGUCCAGUCGUGUGAGCAAGAAGAGUCAGAUUGGAUUGGGCGAUAAGGAAAAUCAGGAUGAUGACAUGACGGAAAUUGAUGAUCGGCAGGGACAAUGGUUGAGGAGAAGACGCCUCGAUGGGGCUCUAAAUAGAGUCCCGAGGGAUUUUUAUUCACGCGUCUGGGCAGUUUUGGAGAAGUGCCAGGGAUUGGCGAUCGAAGGGCGUAUCCUGCCACAAACGCUCACGCAAGAAAUGACACCGGGUGAACUGAAGUUUGCUCUGGAAGUUGAAACGGCUCUCAAUACGAUCCCACAGCCAGAGUAUCGGCAAUUGGUGGUUGAGGCUCUGAUGGUAUUGACGUUGGUCACUGAGCACAAUAUGGUGCACAAUUUGGGUGGAGUAAUCUAUGUGGAGCACCUGGUGCAUACGGCCAACCAGAUCUUCCUGGAUGAUCAGCGCAAAGUGCAGGGUGAUGCGACUCUCUGCUGUGCCAAAUCCAAAGAUAUGAAGGAGACCACAGCACAGGGUAUGCUGCUCUGCGGAGGUGCUGCGUACAUCUGCCAGCAUCUCUAUGAUAGUGCUCCAAGUGGAAGCUAUGGGACGAUGGUGUACAUCGCCAAGGCCGUGGCUACGGUGCUCGAUUGUCUGCCAAAGCACGGUGACAAGGAUUGCACGAUUAGUUGAAGUCUCGAACUUAGUUUCUUUUUUCUUAAAUGUUAUUUCCUCGGAUUGUUUACUUAUCUGCACAGCCAAGCUGUUUCACUUACAUCCCAGCAGUGGAUAAAAAAUGUAAAGACAAUUUUAAUUGAAAAUAUACACUUUUUGUUGAAUUGCGAGUAAA